AUGUCCAUCGUCAACGUGGCCCUCGCGGGCGCGACGGGUAGUCUUGGCGCCCACAUCCUCGACGCCUUCGUACAGGACGGCAGCUUCAAGGUCACCGUCCUCCAGCGCGCCAAGUCCAAGUCCACGCCGGCGCACCAGGAUAAGAUCCGCAUCGAGGCCUUGUCCGACGGCCUGCCGCUGGAUGAGCUCACCGAGCAGCUCCGUGGUCAGGACGCGCUCGUCGUGUGUUACCGGGCCAAGGACGCCGCCGAGCAGAUCAAGUUUGGCAAGGCAGCCGCCGCCGCGGGCGUCAAGAGGCUCAUCCCCGCGGACUUUGGCAGCUGCGACAGCAACGGCAAGCGGGAGAGAGAGCUGGUCACGCUGUUUGAGCUGAAGGUGCAGAUCCGCGACAGCCUGCAGAGGCUGGCCGAGCAGCACGAGGGCUUCUCCUGGACUUCGCUGGUCAACGGGCACUUCUUCGACUGGGGUCUGCGGGAGAACUUCCUACACUUCAACCUACAGGAGAAGAAGGCCGAUAUCAUUGACGACGGGGACAAGAAGAGCUCCCAGGCCACAUUGGCCCAGAUCGCCAAGGCGACAGUGCGGAUUUUGCAGAGACCUGAGGAGACCAAGAACAAGAUGUUGUUUAUACAGAGCUUCUGCGUGAGCCAGAACGAUGUGCUAAGAUCCCUAGAGAAGGCCUCGGGUGCAAAGUGGGAGGUCCAGAGGUUCGACUCGGAGGAGUUCAUCAAGGAGAAGAAAUCCCUUGCUGACGGUGGCGACCGGGACGCCAUCGAGGACUUGGUGUUCGUUCUUGGGGCGCUCUACGGGAACUGGGAGGAGAAGCCAGAUUUUGCAAUGGAGACGCUGGGCUUGGAGGAUGAGAAUCUGGACGAUGUCGUUCAGAGUGUGGUCAAUGAGCUUGAUGCGUAG